UGAGGGGCCGAGGUGCCUCCCGCACACCACACACACACACACACACACACACACACACACACAGCACAGCACACAGCACACAGGCCACUGAGUGCAGCAUCCAGACCUGACCCUUGCCAGCCAGCUCCGCGGUCCAGAGAUAGGGCGCUGCCCACUACAGGAGGCAGUGCCUGGCCCCCCCCCGCUGCCAGGGCGAGGUGAUACCCAGCAGAGGGUGCUCUGAACCUGAUGGCUGUCACAACCACUAGUCACAAGCUUGGUGCCCGGGACUCAGAGCCCUGUGAUCAAGCAGCUUGGGGGUGAUCUGCAGCAAGACGGAGUCCACAGCUGGCGAAGCCACUGAGCAGGGCAAGGCUGGGCCCUGCCCGAAGGGACCCCAGAGUCCUUCACCAGCCCCUGUGCCCCGGAGCCCACCAGGCUCUCGCGCUGGCGCCACCAUGACGUCAGAGCCACCUCCAGUGGUGCCACCUCUCCACUCCCCCAAGUCCCCCGUCUGGCCCACCUUCCCCUUCCACAGGGAGGGCAGUAGGAUCUGGGAACGUGGUGGUGGUAUCGCGCCUCGGGACCUGCCCAGCCCUCUGCCUACCAAAAGGACCAGGACAUACUCAGCGACAGCUAGAGCCUCGGCUGGCCCGGUGUUCAAGGGCGUCUGUAAGCAGUUCUCACGCUCACAAGGUCACGGUUUCAUCACCCCUGAGAAUGGCUCUGAGGACAUCUUCGUGCAUGUUUCUGACAUCGAGGGGGAGUAUGUCCCCGUGGAAGGCGAUGAGGUCACCUACAAGAUGUGUCCCAUCCCACCCAAGAACCAGAAGUUUCAGGCCGUAGAGGUGGUGCUCACCCAGUUGGCCCCCCAUACUCCACACGAGACAUGGUCUGGCCAGGUUGUGGGGUCCUAGACAGGUGGGGGACGCCCCCACGAAGAGGCAGGCAGCGGCCAGCUCUGUGCUCCCACUGCGCCGCUGACCAGCCCUUGGGCGUGCCCGUUUGUCUGUCUGUCUGUGCUCGUGGCCGUGAAUGCGUGCUUCUGCCCACCUGUGACCCGUGACUUGCGUGAUCCGGCCAGGGUCGGGUGGAGUGCAGCCACCGCCUGACUCUCCUCCAGCCCUGCCAUGGAAACACAGGACCUUCUUGCCCUCUUGCCCACCUACCUAUGUCCUAAGUCUCUGUGGGCCUGCGUCGUGUUCUUGAGAAGCCCAGGGAGGCCCUUCUCCCGUGAACCCACUCCUCACUGCUGUCCUCACACCCACUCGGCCCAGAACCUAGCCCUGUCUGCCUGUGCUCCUGUCUCCUGUGCUAGACCCGGGUGUCCGCUACAGACUCCUGAGUGCUUUGUAGGGGCCUCCAACUUUAGGAAGUGGGCAAAACAUGGAGGUUCAUGGCCAGCCCCUGCCAUAACCUGGCUCAUCUUCCUGACCCCACCCUUCUGGUGCCCUUGAGAGAACAGAGCUGAGCAGGAAGGAACGUGGGUGCUCCUGUUGUGUUGACCGGUCCUCUCUCCUCAGCCAGCAGAGGCUCUUUUGAACCCCAGGGGCCUGGGUUCCUUCCCGAGCGGGGGAGCCAAGCUCAUCCCUCCCCACGGUGAGGUAGGGACAUGUUUUCCUCCAGCUGGGACAGAACCGUCUCUGCCAUCAUGAUGCACAAACCCUGAAUGCCCCGCCCAGUGCUGGCCGUGACAGCGGCUGAGGAUGCAACUGACAUGUCUCCUCAGGCAAGGCCAGGUCCAGGCACUUAGAAUGGUCCCCAGCCAGGGAGACCACUGGCCUUGUCCCCCUCCCCAAAUUAGACCCUCUUCCCAAAGCAUUAAAAUGGCUCCUACAGAUCCCUGACAGGGCAGUAGUUGAGGUGGCUCUUAUCUUGUCCAUCCCUCGAGUGUGACUGUCCCUCUUACCUGGAGUCCCUCUGGGGCUAAGAGGCAUCCCUUCUAGAAAGUGGGAUCACAGAAGGACCUGCCCAACAGUGACCCUUUUGAGACCCAAUCUUCAAGUAAAAUGUGGGCUCAGACGAUCAGGAUGAAGGGGUCAGUGAUUGUCUAGGUGACCUUGUAGGUGUUCGGGACCACAGGGUAGAGUCAUUUGGGGUGUUUGUACCCACUUUGUCCCAGAACCUAUUGCACAGAAGUCAGCAGCCUAGAACUGCUAAAAAAUGUUGGCUAGUCCCUCACACUGGAAAAGACCUACCUAUCUGACACCCCACUGUGAACUAGGCUUCUCCAGCAAGGCCUGUCCUUGAAGAACUGUCCUCUAUCAGCUUGAGGACCUGAGUUCAAAUCUCCAAUAUGCCUGUCACCCAGCACUGGGUGACAGACAAGCAUAUCCUUGACAGGGAACUGGUUGGUACAGGUGGAUCCCAGGGCCACCCAGGCCUCCCUCCUGUGAGCAGGCCCUCUUCAGGCAUCAUUUUGAGGCUGAGUGGCAGAGGGCAUCAGGCCUCCUCUCUACUCUCAGGCCCUGCAGUACAGAGUCCUCAGCCACGGAUUACCCAUCCCCUCCUGACACUGGCAAUAAACUCAACUGUGACCCA